GUCAUACUCAACAUGGCGGCGCCCAUACAGGCAGGAAUUUCUCUCUUAAGCUACUUUUAGUUUCUUCAGUUCUUUGAUUAAAGUUAUUUCAGAGUGAGAACCCUUCAGUGAUGGCCAGCAAGGAGUUGAGCCUGUGGGUGCGAGACAGCUUGCAUGACCUCCUGGGCAUCAGUGACCACUACAUAGCGGACUACCUCGUGGGCCUGGCGGGCAAGUCCAGCAGCGGUGGGGACUUCAUCCGGAGGAUUCAAGACACGGGAACUAUCGACGUCAAUGCCGCCGUCAACAAGUUUGCGCACAGACUUUGGGAGAAGCUUCCCCGCAAGGUGUCCAGCAAGGAGACAAACCGUGCUCGCGAGCGGGAGGCCAUUGCGAGAACCAAACAGAACCAGAGCUACAAACUCCUGUCGGACGAUGAAGACGAUCUGACCGUGACGCGUGCCGUGCCGACGAAGCGAGAUAACCGGGAGAAGGGAAGCAAGAGGAAGCACAUCCGAAAGAAGAAAGAGGAGAGCAGCGAGAGUGACAGCGACCCUCAGCCUGUCAGGACGAGCAAACACGCGAAGCGGGAGCCCACCUCAGGCUCAGAGUCCGACGAGUGGGACAGGGAGGAGCGAGAGAGAAGACGUGACCUGGAGGAGAGGGAUGCAUUUGCCGAGCGCCUCCGAAACAAGGACAAAGAGCGCACCAAAAACGUCACCGACAAAGGAAGCAAGAAGGCUUACGAAGAGGCCAAGAAGAGACUGGAGAUGGCAGAGCAGGACCGGCGGAAGCAGGUCCCCGACCUGCGGAAAGAGUCACGCCGUGAAUACCUUAAGAAACGAGAGGUAGACAAACUUGAGGAGCUGGAGGCCGACAUCGCUGACGAGGAAUAUCUCUUCUCAUCAACUGAAUUGACUUCCAGAGAAAAGAGAGAUCUGGAAUACAAGAAGACAGUGCUGAAGUUGGCCCAGGAUCACAAGUCGGCCGGGGAGAAGCAGAAAGAAGGCAGGUACUACAUACCCAAAGAGGAUGAGAAACCCUCAGACAAGUACAUCGAGCCCGUGCUGGAAGAGGCGGAGCUUGGGCCCAGGUCCGAACAGCAACGAUGGGAGGAGGAACACGUGAAGUUGGGCUCCAUGAAAUUUGGAGCCAAGGACGCCAAACAGAAACACAAGACUAGGGAGUACGAUCUAGUCGUGGACGAGUUGGGCGAGAUUGAGUUUGUCAGUGCAAUGCAGAUGCCAGGAACUCGCGACAGGUCGGAGCCCGAGGAACCCCAGAUCUCCGAAGCCCAGAAGAAACGCAUCAGCAUCGCCGAGACUCGCAAGAGCCUACCCAUCUACCGGUUCCGGGACGACCUCCUCCAAGCUAUCCAUGACCACCAGGUGCUAAUCAUCGAAGGGGAGACGGGAUCGGGAAAGACCACUCAGAUACCACAGUACCUCUAUGAAGCGGGCUACACGAAAGGUGAAAAGAAGAUCGGCUGUACCCAGCCCAGGCGUGUGGCAGCCAUGAGCGUGGCUAGCAGAGUAGCGGAAGAAAUGAACUUCAAACUUGGAAAUGAGGUCGGCUACAGCAUUCGUUUUGAGGACUGUACGUCAGACCGAACGAUUUUGAAGUACAUGACGGAUGGUAUGCUGCUGCGAGAAUUCCUGAGUGAGCCAGACAUGGCGGGCUACAGCGUCUUGAUCAUCGACGAAGCCCACGAGCGCACCCUCCACACAGACAUCCUGUUUGGCCUGGUGAAGGACAUUGCCCGCUUCCGGCCUGACCUCAAACUUCUCAUCUCCAGCGCCACGCUGGACACUGACAAGUUUGCCGAGUUCUUUGAUGACGCCCCGAUUUUCCGCAUCCCCGGUCGCCGGUUCCCAGUAGAUUUGUUCUACACAAAGGCGCCAGAGGCUGACUAUUUGGACGCCUGCAUCGUCUCUGUUCUUCAGAUUCACGUCACCCAGCCCAUGGGGGAUAUCCUGGUUUUCCUCACCGGUCAGGAGGAAAUUGAGACCUGCAUGGAGAUAUUGCAAGAGAGAGUUCGGAAACUCGGCACUAAGAUCCGGGAGCUGAUCGUUCUCCCGAUAUACUCCACCUUACCCUCGGAGCUCCAGGCUAAGAUCUUUGAGCCCACGCCCCCCGGCAGCCGCAAGGUGGUCCUGGCCACCAACAUCGCCGAAACAUCGCUGACCAUCGACGGAAUCAUCUACGUCAUCGACCCGGGUUUCAACAAGCAGAAGAGCUACAAUGCCAGGACCGGCAUGGAGUCAUUGGUGGUGACCCCAGUGUCAAAGGCUUCAGCCAAUCAGAGAGCUGGAAGAGCAGGCCGCGUAGCUGCCGGGAAGUGUUUCAGACUCUACACGGCCUGGGCUUACAAGAACGAGCUAGAAGAAAACACCAUUCCUGAGAUUCAGAGGACCAAUUUGGGCAACGUGGUGCUCCUCUUGAAGAGCUUGGGAAUUAACGACCUCAUCCACUUUGACUUCAUGGACCCACCGCCUCACGAGACCCUGGUCUUGGCCCUUGAGCAGCUCUAUGCCCUGGGUGCGCUCAACCACAAAGGGGAGCUGACUAAAAUGGGCCGACGGAUGGCUGAGUUCCCCGUUGACCCUAUGCUGUCCAAGAUGAUCCUGGCCUCGGAAAAGUACCAGUGCACCGAGGAGAUCCUUAGCAUCACUGCCAUGCUCUCGGUCAACAACGCCAUCUUCUACCGGCCCAAGGAUAAGAUCGUCCAUGCUGACAACGCCCGGGUCAACUUUUUUGCCCCCGGAGGGGACCACUUGACCCUCCUCAAUGUCUACAACCAGUGGGUUGAGACAGAUUUCUCUACCCAGUGGUGUUACGAGAAUUUCAUCCAGCACCGGUCCAUGAGGCGAGCGAGGGACGUCCGAGACCAGCUUCGGGGUCUUGUAGAGAGGGUAGAGAUUGCACUGACGUCGGCACCUCAUGACAACAUCACGAUCAGGAAGGCCAUCACUGCAGGGUUCUUCUACCACACUGCCAAGUUCAGCAAGGGGGGCCAGUACCGGACGGUCAAACACCAGCAGACGGUCAUGGUCCAUCCUAACAGCAGCCUGUUUGAGGAGCAGCCACGCUGGCUCAUUUACCACGAGCUGGUCUUCACCACCAAGGAGUUCAUGCGACAGGUUAUAGAGAUUGAGAAUGCCUGGCUGUUGGAGGUGGCCCCCCACUACUAUAAGGCCAAAGAGCUUGAGGACACGUCCAGUAGGAAGAUGCCCAAGAACACGGGCAAGAGCAGGGAGGAGACCAGAACGUGAUGUCUCCAGGAAUGCGUCAUGGCCAGCCGGCCGGCCGCGUCCUGGGGACCGGCAGUCUAAUGUUGAGACUGUGGGAGGGGUAUUCCUGAUACGUUGCGGUGGAUGCACGGCGCAGAUUAUCAGCCAGGACCUUCUGCCUACACCCUGCAAAGUCCAGCAAGUGGAUUUUUCUUGGAGGAUAUGGUAGGAUUGAGGAUGGGAGAGCCUCGAUACGGUGACUUCUCAUCUGGGCUGGAUGCACGAGGAUAACAGGCGAUGGAUUACUCAUAACCAAUGCAAAAGUCUGUCAAAAUGUGACAGGCUCUCUUGUCUGGAGUACUCAAGGCUGCUAACAUCUAGAUUGGGAAACAAUAUUGUAUCAUUAACGCCAUGCUGCCGGGUGCUUUUAAAAAUGCAGUGCAUAAUUUUCAAGAUUUUCAGUUUUAAAAAUUCUUCGAAAAUUCA